AUGCUUGAAGAGAUGCGGAUUUAUAUCAUGGACAGGUUUGCUUACAUGAAUGUGGAAAGUGAAAAGUGGAAUUCAAAUGUUUGUCCAAAAAUUUUGAAAAAAAUGAAUAGAUUUGGAAAAAAUAUGAGGUUCUGGGGAAUAAUUCAUAGUCAAGGGCAUGUGUUUGAGGCCAGAAGAGGGUGUGACAGUUAUAGGGUGGACUUAGAUGAUAUGACAUGUUCAUGUAGGCUGUGGGAUUUGGCUGGCAUCCCUUGUGUGCAUGCAAAUGCAGCAAUUAAUUUUAUCCAUCAAACACCAUAUGCAUACAUCAAUGCAUACUUCUCUAAAGAUAAAUUUAGGCAAUGUUACUCAACAAACAUUGAACCUGUUAAUGGCAGCAAUCUUUGGGCCCAAACUGAAUACAUUAAGCCAUUGCCUCCAAUGUCUAGGAGGAUGCCUGGUAGGCCUGCUACCAAAAGAAAGAGGCAUGCCAGUGAGAAGGAGAGCGAGUUUUCAACAACAAAAGUGAAGGUUGCAAGAACUACCAGAUGUGGUAAUUGUUUGGAAUAUGGUCAUAACAAGAGGGCAUGUAAGAAUGAGAGAAAACAAUAUGUGCCUCCCCCACCAAAGAAGACAGGAAGGCCAAGAAAACAUCCCAUCCCCCAUGUGUCUACAAGCCCUGGUCAACCAAAUGUCCCAAGUCAACCCCUAAGUCAACCUUCAUGCUCUAACACAGUGAGGAGGAGUCCAAGAAAACAUAACACAUUGACGAUGAGUCCUAGAAAACAUCAGCAACAGGCAGGUUCUAAAAGAUUUAGGAGAAAUAGUAUUGAUGUACCAAGGAAGAAGUUGUGCACAGGGAGAGGUGGUGGGAGGAUUGGUUCUGCAACUAUAGUUGUGCAGGAAGUUCCAGUAAUUCAUAUUCAAGAUGGUCAUAUGAUGCAAGAAGGAGAAAGUAGUCAAGCAAGUGUGAUGGAAGGUAGUGACACUUUUGGGCAAUCACUAAAUGGUGACAAUGAGGUGGAAGAUAAUCAGUUUAUUGAGUUUACUGAGGGCAAAGAGGAUGAUAUUCUCCCAGAGAAGAUACAAUUAGGACCUGAAGAAAUUGCUAGUAUGCUAGAAGCUGGUUAUAGCAUGGCAGAAAUAGAAGCUAUGCCAGGGGUACAAGUGGAAUUGGAUGAUUCCCCACCAGUUGAACUGGAUGUAAAUGAUUUCAUUGAUGGUCAUCAUUCUGAUGAUGAUGUUGGUCUGGAUGGUGGAGCUGAAGGUGCUGGAGAUGAAGCUGCUGGUGAUGGUGGUCUGGAUGAUGAUGUUGGUCUGGAUGCUGGACCUGAUCAUGGUGUUGGAUAUGAAGCUGCUGGUGAUGGUGAUGAAGAAGGUCCUGGUGGCGGAGAUGUUGAUGAUGGUGAUGGGCCUGAAGGUGAUGGUGAUGAAGAAGGUCAUGGUGGUGGAGAUGUUGAUGAUGGUGAGGAAAACCAGGGUGAUGAUGAAGGACAUCAGGUUGUCCCAAUCGUUAGGAAGAGAACAAGGAAAACUUCUGAGAGGAUUACCAAGAUAAAGCUAAGGAAGGGUGUCUAUGACAAAGAUGGUGGUGGUUCUUCUUCUGUAAAGCCAAUCAACUUGGAGUAGUUUGUUAGCAAGAAGGGGGAUGGGGGUGUAGGGGGAAUGGUAUAGGUUGCCGCUUUUGUAAACUUUGUU